AUGAAGGUUGUGGUUUUCCAUGAGCCCUACAAGGUCUCCGUUCAGGACCGUCCUACUCCCACCUUGAAGGAUGACAGGGACAUCAUCGUAAAGGUUAACACAACAGCUCUGUGUGGCUCUGAGCUGCACAUGUACCGCGGUCUCGAAGCUGUCGGUGGUGCAGAGCCUAUCAUGGGCCAUGAGUUUACUGGUCACGUCGUACAAGUUGGCUCCGCCGUCAAGACGGUUGCCGUCGGAGACCAGGUUGUGUCUCCGUUCACGACAUCAUGUGGUGAGUGCUUCUUUUGUAAAAACGGCGGUACGGCGCGCUGCGUCGAGAGUCAGCUCUUUGGCUCCCCUGCCCUCGAUGGUGGUCAGGCCGAGUACGUCCGAGUCCCCAACGCCGACGGCACCGUCAUAAAAGCUCCCGAUGGUAUUCCCGAGAAAUACCUCAUCCUCAUGGCCGACAUCUUCCCGACGGGUUACUACGGCGUCAACAGCGCCAUCUCGAUGAGCCCUGCUAGUGUCGACGUUACGCAGUCCACCAUAGCCAUCAUCGGGUGCGGGCCCGUAGGUCUGUGUGCGGUCGCUGCCGCUCUGACCUUCGAGCCCAAGUACCUGUUUGCUAUUGACAGCGUCAACAGCCGCCUCGAUCAGGCCAGGGAGCUAGGUGCCGAGCCGCUUAACUUCCAGGCCGACCCCCAGAGCAUGAUUGCCCGCAUCAAGGAGGCGACUGAGGGUCGUGGUGCCGACAUGGCUGUCGAGGUGGUUGGCCUGUCUUCUGCGCUGAGGACGGCCUUUGACCUCAUCCGGCCGUUUGGUGUCAUCAGCAGCAUUGGCGUCCACAAUGCAGAGAUGCCUUGGACCGCUACCGAAGGAUACAACAAAAACCUCCGACUCCAGAUGGGCCGUUGCCCUGUCCGAAGCAUCUUUGCCGAAUCCUUAGAAGUAUUCAAGAGAUGUCACGACAAGUUUGACUUCAUGUUUGACAAAAUCAUGCCCCUCUCCCAGGCCGAGGAGGCCUACGACAUCUUUAACAAGCGCCUUGUCCAAAAGGUCGUUUUUAUUCCGUAA